GGCACUUAAGCGAAGGGAGGCGGAGCUUCAAAGCAUCUCUAGCUUGAAGCGGUCCUGCAGCUGAGCAGAGAGAUUCCGCCCCUUCUGGGAUAAUCCCACUUUUGAAUCCAUCAGAUGAUCUCCGUGCUUCUCAGCAGCUUUUGAAGGAGGGGAAAACAACAACAACAAUGACAACAUGUCCUAGAUAAUCAAAAUUGCUGGAAUUGAAUUGCUUUUUUUUUUCUGGCCUUCUCUCCUGGAAUUAUUGGCCCGGCGCUCUGCACGUGCCUCGAAGCGCUCUUUUCGUGAUUUUUCCAGACCACUCUACUAGCAAAAGCGGGCCCGAAUCAUCGCAGCCAAAACAUUUUUUGUUUUUAACCCUCUGCAAUACGAGGGUCUCAUCUGGAGCGGCCCAAAGAAUUCAAGGGGGAUUCUUUUUUCUUUAGGGAAAAGAAGGAGCCCUCCCCCCAAAAAAGACUUUAAUUUCCUUUAAUGAGGGGGGGGAGUCAGGAUGCUGUCCUUGUCUGUAAAAAAAUGCAUUUUGUAAUGGCUGGAAGCUAAUAUGCAGGGAUUGGAAUUGACUGGUCAUUGCUGUGGGAAAGAAACGGAAAUACUCUCUGUUUGUUUUCCUCCGUGUUCCUAGUCCUCAGGUGUUUUUUUUUUUUUAAAAAAAAAUAUUGUUUGGGCUGUUUUUUUGGACCACUUUCAUGAGUCUACUUUUGAGGGGUCACCAUGCCCUCCCGCAGCGACUCCAGCUACUCCUUAACCGGCCGAACCUCUCACAGUUUUACACACUUGCGUGUCCGAAGGGCUUGGCUACAAGCUAUCCUCCUGUUGGGCUUCAUCCAGAUGAUCCUGGGGGUCCUCAUCGUGACUCUGAGCUUGCUGGUCACCACUUCCAUCCCAUCUCAGCAUCCCAUCGGGAAUUCCUGUCCCAUCUGGGCUGGGUUUCCGCUGGCAUUCUCUGGUGUGGUUGGCAUCGUUUCAUGGAGACGCCCUUUCACGCCCGUGAUCACCUUCUUCACCCUCCUGUCUGUCUUAGGGGUGAUGCUCACCCUGGCGGGCUCCAUUCUGUCCUGCCAACACGCCCAGCAGGUGAAAUCUUUGGAAGUCUGUGAGCGGAUAAGGCAGCGAGACGGAUCUUCGAUCCCAAAGGAGGUGGGAUGGCGACGGAGCCUGAAAGGCCAGACUAGUUUUCUGUAUAAGAAAUGCAUCUACGCGCCAUCCGAAUCCGGGAUUCCCGCCUGCGGCAAUAAAGCUGAUGUGGAUUCAAAUUGUUCCAGGAUCCUUCUCGUCCUCAAAGACCUGCUUUUCAGUAUCUGUGGCUUAACCAUCUUCUCCAUCGUUGUGUGUACCCUGUCUGCCAUCAUGUGUUGCAUUCAGAUUUUUUCAGUCGACAUUCUCCACGUGCUUUCCCCACCUCGGUCAAGCUCCGUCACGCUGGACUGUACGUCUCCUCCGGACACUUUCUUGCAGCACAUGUUGGACCUGGAUGAGUUUGUCCCGCCAGUUCCGCCCCCUCCUUACUACCCUCCCGAAUACACCUGCAGCUCUGAGACAGAUGCCCAGAGCAUUACCUACAACGGCUCCAUGGAUAGUCCGGUACCCCUGUACCCCACUGAUUUUCCUCCAAGUUAUGAGGCUGUUAUGGGGCUCCGUGGGGACAGCCAGGUAACGCUGUUUGAUUCUCAGUUUACAGAAAUAUCGCACGGGCCGUGUUCCUGCAACCAGGUCCCUUCCGUUGUACUCAGUGGCGAAGCGAUCUCCGUGGACAGCAACUCGCUCAUCAUGUCGGAAAUUGUAGACAUUCCCGGGGACAGCAGCCCGUCCGAGGACUCCUGCUUGCUGGAAGGAAGUGGAUCGGCGUGCUCGGUGGAUUACGUGCUCUUCCGCUCCAUCCAGCGCAGCAGAGCGGAUUACUGCCUGAGUGUCGAUUGUGGACACUGUGGGCUUCACCCCCAGGGCCCGUUUGAAGACGUCCCCCAGGCGCGCCUGCGCGGAGAGCGUUCCUUCUCCUGCUCCACGCCGGGCACGGUGUACGACGGGCUACUGGAGACCAGCGGUGCCCACACCCACAGCUGCCACCGCCUGGAGGGUCUUGGCCACGGCGUGGGACCGUGUUUUCCCGAAGUGCGCGUGAAGCCCAAGACCGUGGUGUCGGCGCGCAAAGGGCUCAGACGGCUGCGCCGGAGCAGCGAAAUAUCCUGCCAGUCCCCCUUGAUCCGUUGUUCCCUGCUGCGGUCCCACAGCGACCCUGGAAUGGGCAUGUCCAGGGAGGCUGAAAGCGACGAUCAGGAAGUAUUUUGCACCAAAGGGUCUGGAGACGAGGCCUCUCAUUCAUCGGCGGAAACAGGACCGUGUUCGGAGGCUUCUCGCUUGCGCCCCUCCCUCGGCGACCCCCCCUUGCUGGCUCACCUGGCCGGCAAAUCCAAGCUGGAGCUGCCGCAGAAGUUGCCCCAUCACCAAUCAAAGACGAUCACGCGCUCUCUGGGGGACCUCAAGGCGUGCCGGGGGUCUCGCAGACUGAUGGCCCGGUUCCUGCGCAGAUCCAAACGCAACCUGACCUUGCCCGGGGUGGAAAUGACUUCCUGUGGGAACAAGCAGGUGUUAAGGCUGGGGAAUCCUGCCGACGGCAUCCAUCUGCAGAGCUGCGGCGAUCUGAACUCGACCUCCCCCUUACGGCGUCUGCUGUCCGGUCGCCGGCUGGACCAGAGACGUCCCUGCAGCCUCAGUGGACUUCUGAGAGAAAGCAAUCUCUGAAGACCAGCUCCGUCCUCUGCGGAAGAGGAUCUGGAGCGAAAAACCCGCCCCGCGAUGGAUAUCUGGGGAAUGUCCUCGCUGUACAAUGUCCAGGAACGGCCUCAUAGGUCAACUACACCAUUGCUUGGAAAUUAGUCCGCCUUGCUCAGGAUACAUUCGAAACCAAAGCAGGGAGUCCCGUAUUCCCGUACGGCGAUCUCCAAAAAUUCUUUGAGGGGAACCCCAAAACUUGAAUGGGGGUCAGGAAGGAGGGCUCACCUGCGCCGUCUCAUGUGACAAUCAGGACUCAUUUUUUAAGGGCUCCACCAACUCUCAUUCUGGAGUCUCGGUUAUGCGCGCGUGGCGGCGGUGGUAAUCCGGCGAGCCCAUCCUGCUGAUCUAAAACGAGAUCGAUUGAACGAAUUCCUUACAUCUCAAUGGGAAGGACUGCUUGGAUGCACCAUUGAACUGAUAAUCCUAUCGUUCUGUCCCAGAUUCACUAUCCCAGAGAUGCUGUUCCGUCUUCCCGUUAUCCAUGAUGCGCCCGCAGCGUCGCGCUGUUUGGUUCCUUGUACACCUGUCCCUCGCAUUUGUCCCUCUCUUGUGGAUACCUCACUUUUGCUGUGCCUUUUUGGGGUGCUUACCUUGGAGAGCCAUCGGGGACUGGGAGGGGACCCAGCUGAAUUCUGGGGGGGGGGAGAGAGAGAGAGACGAGAUGCCACAAAAGCAGGCCCAGAUUUUUGCUCUGGCACCAUGAAACAGUUCGGAUCAUAGUUUGAAGGGACACGCUUUCCCACGAUAGACUUCCUCUUAGAGGUUCCACAGAGCCAGUAAGAAAUCAGGACACUUCCAGGGCCUUGACCAAUCCCUCGGACAAGAAAAGGAGUUAGUCAUUGACUUACGAUCACAAGGGAGCCCAACAUUUCUGUUGUUAAGCGAGACAGGUUGUUAAGCGAGCUUUUGUUUCGUUUUACGACCUUUCUCGCCACAGUUGCUAAGGGGAAUCACUGCAGCUGUUAAGCUAGUAACAGGGUCGUUAAGUGGAUCUGGCUUCCCCGUUGAUUUUGGCAGUCAGAAGGUUACCUUCUGCUGUGACCUUCGUACGUACGAGCCCGUUGCCAAGCGGCUGAAUUUUAAUCAUGUGACCACGGGGGACACUACAAUGGGCCGUAAGUGUGAAAACCAGUCCUAAGUCCCUCUUUUCCAGUGCCGUUGUAGCUUCGGUCGCUAAGUGAAGUCUUUGUAAGUCGAGGGCUACCUGUAGGAACAAAUUACGACGAUUCUGGGGCCCAGCGGACGAGAAAGGGGAUUAGCGUUACCCCCAAUUUCUUUCUGGCUCUUGCAAAAUUCACACCUUUUGCUUUCUGUCCGGAGAUUCUGCAAAGGAGGCAAGACCUUCAAAUGCUUUGAUUUCCCCGAGAGAGAUUUUUCUCUAACUCCCAGUUUGGGUUCCUAAUUUUCGGAUAAGAUAUAAGAUCUCGCCGUCACCUUUCCUGAUUUCUCCGUCGGGGAGGGGCAGAAUUGGGUGUGUGUGUUUUUCUGAGGAUGGCCAACUCUGUCCCACCCCACCAGUGCCUCUGCUCGUUAACCAAGCCUGCAUGUACAACUCAGGAGAUGCACCGCCGAGGAAGUCUCUCCCUGUUUGGAAAGACAGAGGUAUCUCCGCCAAGGGGAGGAGUUGGCAACUUUUCUUGACCCGGCCGGUCUUUGAGAUGCACAAAUACUCACCUGAGAAAAAGAAAAUAAAGCCAUAUCUAAAUCAAGGCUGAGAGCUGGUGACUGGGGGUGCUCCUUAAUGCUUCUCUUUUUUUGGGGGGGGGAAUAGCUUUGUUAUGUUGUUAGAAAAAAGAGGCCAAAAUG